AUUCCCCUCAGCCAUGGAGAGCCAGAGAGUCCAGUCCUCCUACAGGAAGCGCUUCGGCCCCCAGGGCUCCAGCGGAUCGGGGCCCCGGUACGGGAGCCUUUCCUCCGGCCGCUUCUCCUGGCACGGCACCUCCCGCGCCUUCACCCACUCCAGCCCGGUGUCGCGGGUGUCCCUGGGCUCCACGGCGGCCGCCCUGCUGCUCGGCAGCCCCGUGGACCGGCUGGACUUCUCGGCGGACUCCCUGAUGAAGGCCCAGUUCAAGGAGACGCGCACCAACGAGAAGGUGGAGAUGAUGGGCCUGAACGACCGCUUCGCCAGCUACAUCGAGAAGGUGCGGCUGCUGGAGCAGCAGAACAAGGUGCUGGUGGCCGAGCUCAACCAGCUGAAGGGGAAGGAGCCCAGCCGCCUGGGGGACAUCUACCAGGAGGAGCUGAGGGAGCUGCGCCGGCAGGUGGACGCUCUCACCAGCGGAAAGGCCCGGCUGGAGAUCGAGAGGGACAACCUGGCGGCGGACCUGGCCAUGCUGAAGCAGAGACUGCAGGAUGAGAUCGGCCUCCGGCAGGAUGCAGAGAACAGCUUGAACGCCUUCAGACAGGAUGUGGACGAGGCGGCUCUGAAUCGUGUCCAGUUGGAGAGGAAGAUCGAGGCCCUGCAGGAUGAGAUCAACUUCCUGAAGAAGAUUCACGAGGAGGAGCUGCGUGAGCUGCAGGAGCAGAUCAUGGCCCAGCAGGUCCACGUCGACCUGGAUGUUUCCAAACCCGACCUGACUGCUGCUCUGAGAGACAUCAGGGUCCAGUAUGAGACCAUGGCCUCUUCAAACAUGCAGGAGACGGAGGAGUGGUACAGAUCCAAGUUUGCUGACCUGACGGAUUCGGCCAAUCGGAACGCAGAAGCACUGCGGCAGGCCAAGCAGGAGGCCAACGAGUAUCGGAGGCAGAUCCAAGUGGUGACCUGCGACCUGGAGGCUCUGCGAGGCACCAACGAGUCUCUGGAGCGCCAGCUCCGAGAGAUGGAGGACCGCUGCGCCAUGGAGACCGCCAACUACCAGGACACGGUGAACCGCCUGGAGGAGGAGAUCCAGGCGCUGAAGGAGGAGAUGGCCAGGCACCUGCAGGAGUACCAGGACCUCCUCAACGUCAAACUGGCCCUGGACAUCGAGAUCGCCACCUACAGGAAGCUCCUGGAGGGGGAGGAGAGCAGGAUCACCAUCCCAGUGCAGAGCUUCUCAAACCUGCAGUUCAGAGAAACUAAUUUGGACACCAAAACCCCGGAAGCUCAUGUGAAGAGGAGCAUCCUGGUCCGGACUGUGGAGACCAGAGAUGGGGAGAUCAUUAAAGACACCACCACCGAGCACAAAGAUCUCCCCUGAAGCUGUAAAAAGCAG